AUGAAGUACAAGCAAGCCAUACCCGUCACCGUUUCUCUGCGGGACUUGCAAUCCAACUCUGUCCCCUUCAGCGCCCUCCUGAAUGCGUUCGGCCCCGACAGCCUGGGCAUCCUCGUCGUGACCGACCUCCCCUCCACCUUCCCUUCUCUCCGCCAAAAAGUCCUCACCAAUGCCUCGCGACUCGCGCACCUUCCUCCCCAGAAACUCCAGAACCUGACCAAACCCAGCGCCAAGUAUCUCGUUGGGUGGAGUCACGGCGUCGAAACCCUGAGACCCGGGGUGGUCGACACCGCGAAAGGGAGUUACUACAUCAACUGCGCAUUCUACAAGUCCCCGUCACUUCAAUCUGCGGAUGGUGAAAAGUUCCCGGGCUUUGAGGAGUACACGGCGCCCAAUGUCUGGCCCGAGGAGGCGGACGUGCCCGAGUUCAGGAGCGACGCCGAGGAGCUCAUCCGUCUGAUCAUCGACACAGCGGUGUUGGUCGCGAGGGCGUGCGACCGGUUCGCCGAGCACGAGAUCGACGGGUACGAGGCCGGAUAUCUCGAAAAGGUGGUCCAGGGAAGCGAGACCACCAAGGCGAGGCUCUUGCAUUAUUUCCCCACUGCACAGGAGACGGUGAACGGAAAAAGCGCGAACGUAGAUUCAAACGGAAAUCUGAACGGAGGGAAUAAUACGAACGGGCACUAUGUCUCUGUCUUGUCAGAGGAGCAGGAAAAGGCGAAGGCGAAUGCGAAGGACGAGCCGGAAAUCGACGACUCCUGGUGCACCACGCACCUCGACCACGGGUGCCUGACGGGCUUGACAUCAGCCAUGUUCCUCGACGAAUCCUCACCCUCUCCCUCUGCCUCUGCCUCGUCCUCAUCAGCAUCCGAGUCUGCUCCUCCCGACUCCGAGCACUCGCACUUCCACGAGUACACGGAGCUCCCCUCCUCUUCGGACCCGCAGUCAGGCCUGUACAUCCUCUCGCGCUCGGGGCAGAUCCACAAGGUCAGCAUCCCGCGCGACGCGCUGGCCUUCCAGACCGGCGAGGCGCUCGAGCUCAUCACGCGCGGCAGGUUCAAGGCCGUCCCGCACUUUGUCAAGGGCGUGGAUCCCAACAACGUAGUCGCCGACAGGACCGACGGGGCGCGCAUGAACAGGAAUAUCGCCAGGAAUACUUUGGCCGUGUUCACGCAACCGAAUUUGGAUGAGCCCGUGGACUUGGAGACGGGUUUGACAUUUGGCGAGUUUGCGAGGGGUGUCGUGAAGCGGAAUACUGCUGGUUAG